GGCGUUCCCGGAGCCGGAUGAGAGGCAUCCAAAGGGGAAGUUUGUGGGUUGUUGCCCGGGGCUGUGAAAGGAAGCGGCGGAGUGCGGGGGGACUUGCCCCCCCUCCUCCUCCUCCCCCAGGUCGUUGCUAUGGGCAACCGAGGAAUGGAAGAGCUGAUCCCGCUGGUGAACAAGCUCCAGGAUGCCUUCAGCUCCAUCGGACAAAGCUGCCACCUCGACCUGCCGCAGAUCGCCGUGGUGGGCGGCCAGAGCGCGGGCAAGAGCUCCGUCCUCGAGAACUUCGUCGGCCGAGAUUUCCUGCCCCGUGGGUCUGGAAUUGUUACCCGAAGACCUCUCAUUCUUCAGCUUAUCUUUUCUAAAACAGAAUAUGCAGAAUUUUUGCACUGCAAAUCUAAGAAGUUUACAGACUUUGAUGAAGUCCGAACGGAGAUUGAAGCUGAAACUGAUAGGGUGACAGGAACAAACAAAGGCAUUUCUCCCAUUCCUAUUAACCUGAGAGUAUAUUCACCACAUGUGCUGAAUCUAACCCUGAUCGAUCUUCCGGGUAUCACUAAAGUGCCAGUGGGUGACCAACCGCAGGAUAUAGAAUACCAAAUCAAAGAUAUGAUUUUACAGUUUAUUAACAGAGAGAGCAGCUUGAUUCUUGCUGUGACUCCAGCCAAUAUGGAUUUGGCCAACUCUGACGCGCUCAAACUGGCUAAAGAAGUUGACCCACAAGGCUUAAGAACAAUUGGAGUAAUAACCAAGUUAGACCUGAUGGAUGAAGGCACUGAUGCCAGAGAUAUCUUGGAGAAUAAAUUGUUGCCUCUGCGGAGAGGCUAUAUUGGAGUUGUGAACCGGAGCCAGAAGGAUAUCGAUGGUAAAAAGGAUAUCAGAAUAGCAUUGGCAGCUGAACGCAAGUUCUUCCUUUCCCAUCCUGCUUAUAGACACAUGGCUGAUCGCAUGGGAACUCCCCAUUUGCAGAAGGUCCUGAACCAGCAAUUAACAAACCAUAUCCGGGACACCCUACCAUCCCUGCGUAGCAAAUUGCAGAGUCAGCUGCUGUCACUUGAAAAGGAGGUGGAGGAAUAUAAGAAUUUUCGUCCUGAUGAUCCUACACGGAAAACCAAAGCCUUGCUGCAAAUGGUCCAACAGUUUGCAGUUGAUUUUGAGAAGAGAAUUGAGGGGUCAGGAGACCAAGUGGAUACACUAGAACUCUCAGGUGGAGCCCGAAUAAAUCGAAUUUUUCAUGAGAGAUUCCCCUUUGAGUUAGUCAAGAUGGAGUUUGAUGAGAAAGAUUUGCGACGUGAAAUCAGCUAUGCAAUCAAAAACAUCCAUGGCAUAAGGACGGGGCUCUUCACACCUGAUAUGGCUUUUGAAGCAAUAGUGAAAAAACAGAUUAUAAAACUCAAAGAGCCCAGUUUGAAGUGUGUUGAUCUGGUGGUCUCAGAGCUGGCCAUGGUCAUUAAAAAGUGUUCAGAGAAGCUUGGUUCCUAUCCCAGGUUGCGAGAAGAGACAGAGAGAAUUGUUACUACGUACAUCAGAGAACGUGAAGGAAGAACUAAAGACCAGAUUCUCCUGUUGAUUGACAUAGAGCUGUCCUAUAUCAAUACAAACCACGAAGACUUCAUUGGAUUUGCCAAUGCACAGCAAAGGAACACCCAGGCGAAUAAGAAAAGAGCAAUUCCAAAUCAGGGUGAGAUACUGGUCAUCCGGCGAGGCUGGCUGACCAUCAACAACAUUAGCAUCAUGAAAGGAGGCUCCAAGGAAUAUUGGUUCAUCUUAACAGCAGAGAGUUUGUCUUGGUACAAAGAUGAAGAGGAGAAAGAGAAGAAAUAUAUGCUGCCUCUAGAUAACCUAAAAAUAAGAGAUGUGGAGAAGGGCUUCAUGUCUAACAAGCAUGUCUUUGCCAUUUUUAACACAGAACAAAGAAAUGUAUACAAAGAUCUGCGUCAGAUUGAACUUGCCUGCGAUUCUCAGGACGACGUGGAUAGCUGGAAGGCCUCCUUCCUUCGUGCUGGAGUUUAUCCUGAGAAAGACCAAGUAGAAAAUGAAGAUGGAGCUCAGGAAAACACCUUUUCCAUGGAUCCUCAACUGGAACGCCAAGUAGAAACUAUCCGCAAUCUCGUUGAUUCAUACGUUGGGAUCAUCAACAAAUCUAUCCGAGACCUUAUGCCAAAGACAAUAAUGCAUCUCAUGAUAAAUAAUACCAAGGAUUUCAUCCACUCGGAGUUGCUGGCCUACUUAUACUCCUCUGCAGACCAAAACAGCUUGAUGGAGGAGUCAGCAGACCAGGCACAGCGCAGGGACGACAUGUUGCGAAUGUACCAUGCCCUGAAGGAAGCUUUGAAUAUAAUUGGAGACAUCACCACCAGUACGGUUUCCACCCCAGUUCCUCCUCCUGUGGAUGAUACGUGGCUGCAGUCGGGAGGUGGUGGGCACAGCCCAACAUCUCAGCGCAGGCCUCCUUCUACCGUGUUGCCUCCAGGAAGACCCCCAGCUGUGAGGGGACCCAUGCCUGGUCCCCCCUUGAUUCCAGUGCCAGCAGCAGGCUCAUCCUCCUUUGUGGCACCACCCAUUCCUUUGCGUCCUGUAGCACAAAAUGCAUUUAUUACUAAUAAUGAACCUUUCCCAGCCCCGCCUCAAAUUCCCUCCCGGCCGGCACGUAUUCCACCUGGUAUACCUCCAGGUGUGCCCAGCAGAAGACCUCCUGCAGCACCAAACCGGCCUACCAUUAUCAGACCAACUGAGCCUUCCUUACUGGAUUAACCACGAUCACCACUUCUCAAAGGAGAAGGCAAUCUUGCUUCUUAAUCUUAUGGAAAGAACUCAUGCUUAAUCUUUAGUGUAAUCCUUUAUGUGCCUUGGCUUAUAACUGACCGGUUACAAAGAGCAGAAGCUCUUUGUAAGUGGUCAGUUAUACAUCAAGCACAUUUCCCCCAUUUCUUCUCCUCCUCCCUUUCUUUCCAAUAACAAUAACACAACCAUAGCAACAGACGUCAAGAAAUAGAUGCUGUCGGUUGAUUACCUGUAAAUAGCUCCGAGAAGCCAAGCAUUCCUGUUCUAUUUCUCUCUGUGUCCCUGGGUCUUGGCUAGGAAAGGAUUUAAUGACCAGAGUCUUCCCUUCUGGGAAGAGGAGGGUUGAUUUCUUCCCGGUUUUUCAUGGUGGCCGUACCACAUGGGAACAUGGACGCUUCUGUUUUGUGGAAUUGUUUUGCACUUUGUUGGAAAUAGAGAAACCACCCCCAGGUACUUGAGUGAUUGUGAUGAGAAUGCCUGCAAAUGUGUAAAACUAGAGAGAUUGUAUUUCCACUAACACUUGUUAGAAUCUCCUGCCAUUAAUGUUGAUUGGAUCUAUUCUCCCUGCCACCCUUUUGAUUCCUUAGUUAUAAUAUAUGUGAAAUCUUCCUCUCAGACUUUUAUCUUUCCACCAUGGCAUUUUAGUACAAUAUUGAUCAAUAUUUCAUAUAGCUCUGAAAAAUAAUGGAACAGCAAAUAAAAAUGGCUAAUAAAUCCGAUUUACGAAACUGAAGAUUUUAUCAAACAGAAUCAUUGGAAAGAGGAAUGCAUCAAAUUGUUUUUGAGUCUCAGGUAUAGUGCUGAUUUAUGCAUGCCACCCUUUGCACAACCAGUGAUGAUGCUUCGAUGGAAGAGACAAACUUAGUUUGCCAGAUACAAUUUGGGAUGAGCUUGAUGUAAUACUAGAAAAGAACAAUGGCCAGUUGCAGAUGAUUUAAUCAUUUUAAUAUGAAAUUGGCCAGGAUAAUUACUCAAUCUCCAAUAGAGAAGUGGUGAGAAACUGUGAUCUUUGCAGAGAUGACGAGAUACGGAAAAAAGUUCCUACUUCCCGAUGCAGAUUUUUUUGUCCUUCAGUUCAGCUGAAGUAUAUUUGCUUCUCGGUUGAGGCAGAUUCUUUGUGGCAAACACUGUCCCAGGAUAGAUUAGAUUUCCCCCUGCCCCACAGAAACUCUCAUAGGAGUCUAUGGUCUCUGAAAAGGCUUUUUUUUUCUUUUUAAUGUUGGCUACUCUUAUCUUUAGAACCAUUAUUAUUCCAAGAGUUUGUGGAGCAAGACGGAAGCCUUGUCAACAGAAAGCAAUCUGCCCUCUCUGGGCGACGGUUGUAUAUAUUUCUUCAUAAAACGGACUGUAUUGGCACUUCUUUGAUUCUAGUUUUUUUUUUUUUAAAGAAUACCUACUUCUCAGCCCACUCCCACUUAACACACCUUUGCCCUUCCUAAGAUAAGAUUUGUGGAACAGAGACAUCUGCCUUAAUGCUUCCUUCCAGUGACGCCUCUCUCUCUCUAUGUGAACAGAAACAGAAAUGGCUUGCUUCACGUCUUAAAGCAAAUGAGUUUUCCGGAGUGCUAACUUUGUGCCUUUAUUCUUGCUUAAAUCCUAUGUCAAUAACCAGCACUGCCUUCCUGUAAAUGUCCCUCUAUUGCCAAAGUCGUUACUAAGGGCUUUGAACCUCUUUUGCAAUAUAUUUCUCCAGAAACAGGUGCUUGCCAUGUAGCAUGGACUUCUCUGAUUAGUUGUCUCGAUUCUUUGUUACCAUAUGUGAAGGGGUUAUAUUAUAUAUCUUUCUAUCUUUAAAAGAAAAGAAAAAACUCCCAGCAGUUUGAAAUAAGUGCCUCCUUAUGUAUCCAAUUAAUAAACUAAAAUAAAGGGAAAUUCUGUUGGUGGAAGGUCUCUACCAAAUUGUGGUGUUGGCUUUUUAUGCAUUUAUUUUUAAAUUCUAUUAGUUCUGAACACUUAAUAACUAAUGGGCUGGGAAUGAAUAGAAAAAUAUAAGUUCACGUUUCUGUUAACUAACAUGUCCAAAUAACAAUAAUCGGAGUAAUUAUCUGAUUUCUUCUGCCAUUUGAUAUUAUUUCUGACCUGGAGGUUAGUGGUAUCCAAUCUAUUAAAAGCAACUGAAUUUACAAACUACAAAAUUAAUGACAUGAAUGCAGCUAGCAUCGUUAUCCUACCUUUUGUAUGGACAUUUACAAGUAUUCAUCAUCUCACAAUUAAAAGUGUAUUUUGAAAGUGAUUUUUAUAGGAUCCAGUGGAAGAAAUGGAGCAGGUCCACUCUGUACUGCAGAACUUUUAUCAACCUCCGUAAACAGGAAAACCAUUUCAUACGGAGAGGCAUCAUCAGUUGCCUCUCUCAAAGGAGAUGGACGCCUAGUUUUGCAGACAAAGGAGGCCUUUCAACACGU